AUGUCGUGUCCAACAUCCAGCGACCAGUCCUUCGGACCACGGGUUGAUCCCGCGUGCCGCUCAUUCGACUUCACAUUGGAAUUCGAGGACAUCUUUUUUGCGUGUCUGCCAUCGGCACUCCUUGUUCUUCUCGCGCCAUCACGCAUUGUGCCUCUUCUUCGCAAGCCAGCCACCUUUGUCGUUCGAUCCAGACUCUUGGUCGCCAAAUUGGCAGUCCUUUCUGCAGUGCUUGGCUUACAACUCGCGUUUCUUGCUCUGCGAAUCCAAAUCUCCACAUUCAGGACAUCUGCCUCCCUUGGUGCCGAUGUGCUGGCCUUCAUUGCUACACUCACUGUUGUGGUGGUCUCAGUCCUCAACCACCAAAGGUCGCUUCGGCCUUCGACUCUAAUCAGCGUUUAUCUCUCCGCAUCCGUCGUCCUUGGGAUUCCAAGGGUCCGAACAAUAUGGCUGCUGGGGAAUUCGGGUCCGGUGCCAAUUGUUCAGGCAUUGGUUUUCACUUUGACCUUCACUGCGCUCGUCUUGGAGUCGAUCGAGGCGAAGAGCAGUCUAUCCGAGUCCGGUUUCCAAUACGAGAAACUCGCCACAGCUGAACAACGCAGUGGCUUCUGGGCAAGGACUUGUUUCUCGUGGCUGGCGAAUACCUUCCGUACAGGCUACUCCAAAGUCAUAUCCCUCGCUGAUCUACCUGGGCUUGAUCCCAGCCUGGAAAGCCGACUUUUGCACAAAAGCUUGGUCGCUGCUUGGAGCAAAUUCUUCACCUUCGCCCAGCCAUUCCUCAUCAAUACGACUGUAACCUUCGUUGGCCAGGACAGACCCGACAGCAACUAUGGGAAAGGCCUCAUCGGCGCUUGGGCGUUGGUCUACCUUGGGCUCACUGUUAGCAGCUCGAUAUACCAGUACCACAACCUUCGUUUCACCACCAGACUUCGUGGAGGCUUGAUCGCUCUCAUCUACCAGCAGACAGUACACACAAGAGAGGUCGACACGGGCGAGAUUACUGCAGUUUCUCUCAUGGGAACCGACGUAGAGCGCAUCUACAUGUCUAUGUCUGCGUUACAUACGGUUUGGGGCUCGUUGCUUGACAUCGCCGUGGCCAGUUGGCUUCUGGGACUUCAACUCUCGCUUGCCUGCCUUGCGCCCAUCGUGCUUGUGCUUUGUUUCAUCAUUGCCAUGUCGAGGAUCUCGGUGGCCACAAAAACAGCGCAGGUUCAAUGGAUUGAAAAGAUUCAAAAACGGCUUCAGGCUACUACGACAAUGCUGGGUGAGAUGAAGGCUGUUAAGAUGCUUGGGCUUAGCCAAGUAAUGUCAAACAACAUCCAAAACCUUCGUGGCGACGAGAUAGAGACUUCGAAGACCUUCAGAAAGCUUCUCGUGGCAACAUUGCUGUACUCUCUCACGCCCAUUACCCUCGCCCCAAUCGCGACUUUCGCCAUCUAUGUUAUUAUUUCGGUGUUUUGGAAGAAUGAGACACUGCUACCUGCCCAAGCAUUUACUUCCAUUGCUUUGGUAUCACUCUUGACUACCCCAGUAGUCAUGUUCAUACAGCUAUUACCGCAGGUUAUCCAAUCCUUCGGUUGCUUUGAUCGAAUUCAGGCUUUCUGCGAGGGUCCAAAUGAUCGAGUUCCGGAAUCAACCACUUCCCGGUACUCAACCACCCAGAUAUCGGAGGCAACAGCAAACGCAGGGGCUGACGAGCCUGGUGUUCUGAAAAGCCAGGUCAUUGCUUUCGUCGGAGAGAGUUUCGGUUGGAAGAACGACCAGCCGAUACUUCACGACCUUAAUGUCGAUAUCGAGAGAGACUCUGUCACGGUCAUUGUCGGCCCUGUGGGAAGCGGGAAAUCGACCUUUUUGAGCGCCAUUUUAGGCGACUUGAUCGCGAUCUCUUCAAACGCCAAGACAGAUGCUGCAGCUAAGCAAGAAAGGGAAAGCAUGGCGUUCUGCUCCCAGACCCCAUGGCUCGAAAAUGGAAGCAUCCGAAAGAACAUACUUGGGGUUUCGUCAUACGAAGAGAAAUGGUACGGCAGCGUCACUUCCGCCUGCGGUCUCGACGCCGACUUUCAGGCUGUGCAAAAGGGUGAUCUGACUUUAGUCGGGAGCAAAGGUGCAAGUCUCAGCGGAGGCCAAAAGCAACGUAUUGCAUUGGCGAGAGCUGUCUACUCCAGACGAAGGGUCGUUGUUCUUGACGAUGUGUUCAGCGGUAUGGACGCUCGUACUGCUCAUCACAUCUCUAUUCGCUUGCUUGGAUCCGACGGUCUCCUCAGGAGGCAGCACUAUUCGGUCAUUAUCGCGACUCAUAGCCACAAGAUCAUGUCGCUUGCGGACACCAUGAUCUCCCUGGAGAAUGUCAACUCGGCAGAUGCAGAGGACCCGAGUUCAAUGUCUCAUAAUGAUGUCAGGCGCAAACACGGAGAGAAGGCCGUCUACCAGUACUACCUCAGAAGUGCAGGAUGGAAGGCUGUGACGUUUUAUGGUGUCUCUGUUGUUGCUUGGAUGUUCUUCUCUGAGUUCUCCACUGUCUGGGUCAAAUGGUGGUCCGAAUCCAACUCAGCGAAGGCUAACCAAAGUGUCGGCUACUACAUGGGCAUUUACGCCAUGCUCGGGGUCUUGGGCACCAUCGGAGCUUCCCUCGCGGCUUGGUUUGCGUUCCUUGACAUCAUCACCAACACCGCCAUGAACUUGCAUUCGGAUCUCCUGAAAACAACCCUGUCGUUCAGCGAAGACAUGCAACUGCUCGACAUGGACUUGCCCUCAAACUUAGUGAACUACACUUCAACUUCUGUAUCGGCCUUGGCUAAAAUCAUCAUUUUGGCCGUCUUCUCUCAGUACCUCGGAAUCACUCUCCCGUUUCUCGCGACAGUCCUCUAUUUUCUCCAGCGGUUCUAUCUUCAGACAUCCCGCCAAGUACGUCUGCUCGGAAUCGAAGCCAAGGCACCUCUAUACACCCACUUUUCCGAAUCAGUCGCCGGUGUCUCCACGAUCCGUGCCUUCGGCUGGGAGAAACAAUACCAAGAGCGGAACUAUCGACACAUAGACUUGUCCCAACGACCCAACUACACCCAAAGCUGCAUACAGGCCUGGCUGUCUUUUGUACUCAACCUCGUUGUGGCUGUUUUGGCCGUCACUCUUGUGACUAUUGUGGUAAUAUGGCACGACAAGUUCAGCGCGGGAAGCGUUGGUGUGAGUCUCGUGAUGGUGAUCGGCUUCAGCGAGAUAUUGUCCCGCUUGAUCCAGAGCUGGACUAAACUUGAAUCCAGCGUUGGGGCAGUUUCAAGAAUCAGACACUUUAUGUCAGACACCGAAACUGAGGCUACUUCUGGAAGGAGAUCACCGCCACCACAGUGGCCGCUGGCUGGGUCAAUCAACUUCUCUGGCGUGGUAGCCUAUUAUGGGUCUCAUGCCAACCCUGUCCUCAAAGGAGUGUCUCUUUCCGUCCAAGCGGGAGAACAUGUCGCUGUCUGUGGUCGUUCAGGUAGCGGCAAGACAUCGCUCAUUCUCAGCCUUCUCCAGAUGAUAGACAUCAAAGAGGGUGCUAUUGAGAUUGAUAGUGUUGACAUUUCGACACUGGUACACACCGAGCUGCGGCAUUGUAUCAAUGUUGUAUCCCAAGAUCCUUUCCUCAUGCCUGGAACCAUCCGCUUCAACAUCAACCCGUUCGGACCGGCGCUGGAUGAUGAAAUCUUCAUUCGAGCCCUUGAAAGAGUUGGUGUUUGGACUCUGGUGCGUGAGCAAGGCGGAUUGGAUCAGGAGAUGGACGUCAAAACCUGGUCAGCCGGCCAGAAGCAACUACUCUGCUUGGCAAGAGCCAUGCUACGGCAUUGCAAGAUUUUGAUCUUGGAUGAAGCGAUGAGCAGUGUUGACAGUGAGACCGAAGCCGUCAUGCAGGAAAUCAUUGACACAGAGUUUCCUCACUGUACCGUUCUCGCUGUGAUGCACAGGCUGAAGCACGUCACCAGUUACGACAAAGUUGCUCUUAUUGGCGAUGGACAGCUUCUCGAGUUCGGCGAGCCAGCGGCUCUAAUUUCUGGGGAAACCCUUUUCUCGGAGUUGUACCGGAUGAACUCGGUCUAA